AUGGAGAAUCUCGAGGAAUUACAACUAAAAGUGGAAGAGUUACUUUAUAAAAACGAUGUGGAUGUGUUAUUGCAAGCGGCCGAGAAGUUAAAGUAUGAAAAGAUCGAAGAAUUGAAAGAAAAGUCGAGGGGUAAGAUAAUAAAUUUAGUACGGAGAUGGCUUCAAGAUAUUGUCGAAGGAAUUGAAAGCCCGACGGCGAAAAAUCAACUUUUGAACGAUGUUUUUUUAACGCUUGGUGGCUCUCCUGAAUUAUCGCCAGUAAAUGAGAAAGGAGAAUUGUCAAAGUUGCAACAGGAAUAUGAACAGUUAAAAAGCCAACAAGAGAAACAAUUGUUAGAAAUGCAAGCGAAGAUAGAUAAAUUGGAAAUCGGAGUUAAUGAUAAAUCUGCCAAAGUCAAAGUAAACAGUAGUGAAAACGCAUCAGUGAUUAAAGUGCCUUCAAGUACCCGGGCGUUGUUGAGAAGAGACUUUAAGAUAUGGGGGCAGAUUGGAGAACCAGGACAAGCAGAAAAACUGACAUAUAUCUCUCUCAAUCACCAGAUUGAAUCAGGGCUCAAACGAAAAUACACUGAGGAUGAAAUUGUCGAUGCAGUAAUCCGAGCUAUUUCACCACACACAAGCCUCCGUAGUUACAUUGAGACAAUGCCAGAACUUGGUCUUCCCCAACUACGAAAGAUCUUAAGGAUCCAUUAUUGCGAGAAGAUAGCUUCAGAAUUGUACCAGCAACUAACUACAAUGUGCCAGAAACCCAAAGAAAGUGUGCAACAGUUCUUGUUAAGAAUUAUGGAUGCAAGAAAUAAAGUUGUUUUUGCUAGUAAGGAAGCAGACACUGAUUUCAACUAUGGUAGCCAGUUAAUCCAGAAUACUUUUCUGAAAGCUUUAGAAACUGGAAUUCGUGAUGAGUAUCUGACAACUAGUUUACGACCAAUUCUACGAAAGGGCGGUGUGUCUGAUGAGGAACUUAUGCGAAGCAUCAAUGAACUUGCCUCCCAAAAGACCGAGAGAGAAAACAAGCUUGGUUUAACAGAGAGGCUGUCUGCGAAAAGUGCCAAGGUGAGUUCUGUUGAGGGGGCAAAAGGGAAAAAGGGGACAUCCCCAGAAAUCAGUGAAAAACAGGACCUCCUCGCAGAGAUCAAGGGAAUAAAGUCUGAAUUAAGUUCCCUUAAAGCAAAGGUUGAGGAACAGGUGUCUAAGAGUAAUGCACCAUUCCAGCCAAGAUAUCCACGGGGUUGCCCCAAAUGUAGGAGAGAAAACAAUGGAAAUACUUGCAGACAUUGUUUUAUUUGCUGUCAGGCUGGACAUUUAGCCAGUCACUGCCCACAAAGGAAGGCGGAAAACGGACAGGGGCCAUUUCCGAGGGACAGGAGAUGGCCAAGAACAUAG